AUGGCGUUUGUGUCUACCAGGUACUCCAAUCCUGCAGACGACCCUCGCAGCAAGGACCACUCGCAGGAAGCUGAGAUGGAGAUAGAUCGAGGGAGGAGUUUGGAGAGGAUGUGGACACGUUGGGCUCGGGGCGCUGAACUGGGCUGGGGCACUGGCCGCAGUGCGCGGGCAGUGCAGGCCUGGCUUUGUCACUUGGAGAGGAAUUGGGAGGAACAUGACACGGGGGUCCUCUUGGUUUGUGGCCAUGGGACUCCAGCAUUUCAAUCGCAGGAAGCGAAGCUUCGCAGAAUGACUCCCGCAGCACAAUACGCGGCGUUUUUUGGCACUGAUGCUGAAAAAGCAUGUGAUGCGCUGGUGUCUGACUUGCUGAAGGACGAGGACGACGCGGGGGAGACCGACGUGCCCGAGGAGCGCAGCGGUGAGGUGACGUUGAACGAGUCGGAGGAGGAGCGGCGCUCGCCCAGUGGACCGCCAGGUCUGAUCUUGAGUACUACUUCGGCUCCGAAUUCCUUGAGCAGCCCGAGCUACUUUGGAGCCGAGCAGUUCCGCAAGAACCUCGCCUUGACGCUCGAGGACGAGUGCCUGGAUGACGAUGAGAACGACUGCAACUUUGCAGGGGAAAUCGGGGAAGCUACCGCACCGGAGUCAUUUCAGAUGUUUUAUCCGCCUGUGGUGGCGCCGCCAUUGGGGCGAGGCGAAGAAUAUGAUGCCUGGCUGGCUCAGCUGCCUUCGAUCGGCUCGGCGAACCACUUCUUCGGGACCUGCGACCGGUGUUGCUUUCACCCCAAGGGUCGCUGCCACAACGGCUACAAUUGCCAGCACUGUCACUAUGACCACGAGAAGCGAAAGCGCAAGAGCAAGAAGAAGAGCACCGAGCGAGAGGAUUUGGCACAUUCGAUCCCCGCCACGCCGCCAGCGCUGGGGCUCAUGGGGCCCCUGGAGCAUUGCUACCCAAUCCCUGCGCCCUUCCCCGAGCCCGGAGCCCCAGUCCCACCAGUGCCCCCAGGACUUCCGGGACUCCAAGCUUACCCGCCGUGGUAUCCUGAGCCAGUCCCCCCUGACUUCAUCCCUCCAGAGUCACAUCAUGCCCCCGCAUGGGAAGACUAUGUGCUUCGUUUGGAGGAGGAGAAUCGCUACCUCCGUGGGAUGUUGAUGCAAUAUGGCGCCUCCUUACCCCCCUCCGUGAUUCCCAGCCAUCGUGGACCACAGCCGAUGCCAGCCAUCGCCAGCCCCGUUGACCCAGUGAGCCUGAACCCGAUGAACCCCAUGCUGUCACCCAGCGCCGUUCCUUUUUGUCCUGGAUGGUCUACAGAUGCCACCCGUGAACCCGUAGGAAGCGCCCUGCCGGAGAUGUGA